UAACCUAACCCUUCCCUUCUUCGUUGCAGUUUUGUCGCUCCGAAACACGCAGGAGGAGGAGCCCCCCGAUCCACAGCUGAUGCGCCUGGAUAACAUGUUGAUCGCUGAGGGCGUGGCGGGACCCGAAAAGGGAGGAGGUGCUGGAGCGGCCGCCAACGCCUCUGCCGCAGCUGGAGCAGGAGAUAACGCCAUUGAACACUCGGAUUAUCGCGCCAAGCUGGGACAGAUUAGACAAAUAUACCACCAGGAACUUGAGAAAUACGAGCAGGCUUGCAAUGAGUUCACCACCCACGUCAUGAAUCUGCUGAGGGAACAGUCACGCACGCGGCCGAUCACCCCGAAGGAGAUAGAACGCAUGGUGCAGAUUAUUCACAAGAAGUUCUCCUCGAUACAAAUGCAGCUGAAGCAGUCCACCUGUGAAGCCGUCAUGAUUCUUCGCUCUCGCUUCCUCGACGCCCGGAGACGCCGCCGAAAUUUCAGCAAGCAGGCCUCUGAAAUUCUGAAUGAAUAUUUCUACUCCAACCUGUCAAACCCGUACCCCUCUGAGGAGGAGAAAGAGGCACUGGCUCGUCGGUGUGGCAUUACAGUCAACCAGGUCUCCAACUGGUUCGGCAAUAAGCGCAUCAGAUAUAAGAAGAACAUAGGCAAGGCUCAAGAGGAAGCUAACUUAUACGCUGCUAAGAAGGCCGCUGCAGGAGCGUCCCCCUACAGCAUGAGUGGCACCCCUGGACCCAUGAUGUCCCCCCAGCCUGGCGAGGACUCCAUGGGUUACGGGAUUGCAGGAAUGAACGGUUCUGGAUACUCAGGAGUAGGGGGCAUGGGCUACGACCUCCACCCAGAGUCACCUGAUGUGUAGGCGGCUCAAACACUUCCGCCCACGCCCCGCCCGCCCUCCACCCACACCCAAAUUUUUUAUGUUCCAGCAGCAAUAAGACACGUGGGCGGUUAGCGGGUUGUGGAGUCCUGGCCGGCGUGGUGGGGUGGCCUGGCCGGCCUCUAACUUCUCUUCCCGGAUAGGCAGCGGCGGAUCCCCAAGUGCCAGGCUGCCCCGCCCCGCCCCCACACUACCUCCCGCGGCCCACCACUCCCUCAGACACACAGUGCAGGCCGUGUAAAUGCGGCUCACCGCCACAACUGGGCUGCAUGUGGCUCUCCUCGGCCUGGCUUUGCCUUGGCACCCCAGCCGCCCAGGCUGCCUGUGGGCCUCCCUGGCAGAAAGUGAUCAGAGCUGCCAGCCCAGUGUGGUGGCAGCGGGCCGCCGCCGCCGCCGCCGCCACGCGCCCUGCAGCCGCGUGGACCAGCGGUGCCGCCGAGUCCUAAGUAUACGAGAGCCGGGGCGGGUAGCCUCAGCCACCCACAGCCGCUCCACACACCACACUGCCGCUGCCCUGGCCCACCCCUCGCCCACGGGUGACGCUCUCAUGACCCAUAGUGCUACGUCAUUUUGAUAUCCACCUGCCCACUCGGAUGCCGUGCCCCAGCUGCCUGUGGCCACUCUUCUGUGAGCACACUCAGCCACCUUCACCUUCACGGCAGGAUUAUGAUCUCUCUAGAGGGUCCAAGCCAUUUUGGCUAAUGGAAAGAGCUAGUGAUGCGUUAUUCUUGUCAUAUACUUUAAGAGGCAAUGUAUAUAUGAACGGAUAAGAAAUUCAUUUGAUAGCCAGUUGUGUGCUUGGCAGUAUUGAAUGUGUACAACAGAAGGUGGUGGCAUGGGAGGUGAGGUGGGUCCAGUGGAGGUGGACCCUCCCAGUACCAGGGAGUCCCAGAACCAUGUAUACGGUUGGUAUGUGAUAGUCACACUAGUGUUGCUUAUAUGUGUAGGCUUUUAAUAAAGUUUCUGCUGUUUGAACAUUCUUAAAAAAAAAUACAUACAUGUUCCUCAUCGGCAAGUGAGCCAGAUAUACUAUGCGUCACCUGCGGCGAGGUGGGCUCCAGCAUGCCAGCGGCGGCCCUCCCGCCCCGCGCGACCCCCCAGGCCGGCCGGCUGCCAGGUGGUCCGCGGCGACCCGUACAAGCCUCUGUAUCCAUGUAGCGUAGGAGAGUGUGGCCAGUGAGGCCCGGCUGCCCCCCCGGCCCUGCACACGCUCCACUGGGCGGCCCGAGGCACCUGCGUGUCCACCGGGCCGCGACGCCCAGUGGGCCCAUCCAACCCAGUAUACGUACCCUGGACGGCAGCAGCACCAAGACUGGUAAAGCGUAAUGGUCAGACUGAACUGGCUCUCAUAUGUCUGUUGUUUCAACGCACAUUGAUUGGAUGUUUCCGUUGUUUUUGUUUGUGUUUCACUGUGUUUUGAUGGGUUGUGUAUAUGUUUGUGUGCUGGUCCCUGACUGGCCUGAGUUACUGUGUUCUUGAUCUUGUGGAAGUUAGAGGGAGUGGUUGUGCCCCUGCCCGGGAGACAACCUGCCUGGCGGGGACCGGCCACUCCCAGCUGAGAGGCGGACGGCUGCGCCCGCACCACUGCUGUGGCCGCCGCCGGCCGCCACAGGAGUGGGCGUGGGGGCAGCCGUAGGACAAGAGCGGUGUGACUCCUCCUGGGCCCUCCACAGUAAGGCACAGAGGGUGAGGGGCGCCCCAGCGGCGCCUCUUGGUGAUGCAGGGUAUUAAGUAGGGGAAGACAAGACCAUGUUGAUGAUCUUGUGAUAACACUGGAUAAUGAACAAUUUAAGGACCUGGAACUCUGAUGUAGGUCUAUUUUUAUAUGGAUAGAUAGACUUGGAAAAACUGAAAAGGGAAAAAGCUCUAGAUGGUCUUGUGUAACUGUAUAUUAUUAGUAAUUGAUAGAAAAAUUCUAAUAAUACUCUUUGCAAUCUGUUUUAACUUUUUGGUACUGUUAAGUCUUUUUCCAUACGGUUUGUACGGUAGUGUAAGGGCAGCGUUGGGUGCGAGUGGCAGCACACAGGCAGCCACCAUGCCCAAGGUCUGCUGAGCGCGCAUGUUUGUAUGGCUAGUGCAGGAGUAGUGCAAGGUAGCUAGACCACAAGUAUACAGUGAUAAAUACUGCAGUAUACGAAAACAAUGUUCUCCAUUGACAAAAAGUAUAACUACAAAGAAUAAAUAAGCAGAGUAGCCUGCCCUCUUUUCAUAAACUGUUUUAGAAUUAUUUUGACUCCUGUAGUCCGCUGAAAGGGCCAUCAACUUGUUUCCUUUUUUCCUUCUUGUUUAUAUUAUUUUAAACCUUUUUUAUUUUUGAGCUGCUGAGGUGUACCAUAGAUGUCUCCAUGUAACUUAAAAACGAGCUCUCUUCUGUCUCUCCUCGCUGUCGCUGUAGUGAAUGAUGCAAGAAUAAAUCUCCUGUCUUGAAUACGUAUGGAUAAUAACUAUAAAUGUACUGCCUAGACGUGCUCUCCAAUACCGUCCUGUACCAAAAUACGUAAUUUUUCUCACAAUUCUUGUAGAGAUACUGUGUAUUUUUGCUGUGUAUUCGUUCCAGUUUUGUAAUAGUAUUAGUAGUACAAUCUCGCUACUUUUUCUCCCCCUGAAGGACGGUAUAGGAAAGACUGCAAAAAUUGGUGCAUUCUUACUUACACAGUUUAAGUAUAUUUUCAUGUAACUAGUUAUUGUUUUUAUUGUUUUAGCCGACAUUUUAUUUAUGCAGGAUGGGUUGCUUUUGACGCACCCAACCUGGUUUUUUUUAAGAUAACAUUUCCUCCCCCCCUCCUUCUAUCAUUAUUAUUAUUAUUAUCAUUAUUAUUAUUAUUAUUAUUAUUAUUAUUAUUAUUAUUAUUAUUAUUAUUAUUAUUAUUAUUAUUAUUAUUAUUAUUAUUUUUGAACGAGUCGUGUGUGCUUGUACAUUAGAAUCUAUUUGCAGAGGUGAGAGAUAAGUGCUACCUAUGUUUCCAAGCGAUGCAAAAUGGGCCAACAAAACUGAGCGCAAGGUACAGCCCCUCAUCCCCGACUCCAAUGCAGGUGAUCUGUUGCCAACUUGCCCUGUGCUCGUACAGCUACAACCAUUUUCUAUGAAGUCUGUUUUGUAUCAAUGUCCUGUUGCCCAUUUUGUCUCUUGCCUGGAAACAUCCCAUUCACUCAUUUCACUUAUUAGUUCACUUAACCAUUCUAACCUUUUUGCUAUGUGAGUGUGAUGUAAGUGUAUAUUACUGUCUUUUGUAUUGUCAUGCAUAAGUUGCAAUGUAAGUAUUUUCGGCUGCCAGAAGAAGCCAAUCCUCAUGAUGAUAUUAAUUAUCCAUGAUGUUCUUUUCGUUAGUUUCUGCAGCGAGUGACUUGCAGACCUCAUUGUGUUUUUAAGGUUCAACUGAAAGCUCAAACUAGAUUAUUUUAGUGUCAGGUACAGGAUAUUCUUGGUUUGCAUUUACUAAAAAAUGCUGUAGCCGCUACCCGUGACACUGAUCCCCCCAAUUCCCAACCCAUUCCCGGAACAAAAAGUAGCGUCAGUGAACAGUCGUCGCCAUCCCACAGUGUCACGGCUGCCCGCCAUGGUCCCCAGUAUACCAGCAGGUUGGCACGGCCUGGGGCAGCGCACACAGACAGUGCCUCGCCACUUUUAAACUAAGAAAAUAAACUUCAGUAUUUUAGACCCACUUUUUACGUUAGUGUUUUGCCAGCGGGUAUUUGCGUGUGCGCUGCCCCCCUCCCCUGGGCCUAAGGCAGGGAGGUCGGCCUGCUCAGCCAGAGACGAAGAAGCACUGUUUAUAUGUAAUGUAACAUACAAACUUUUACUAUUAGGUAUGAAUGUUAUCAAAUAAAUGAUUUCAAAGGCUACAA